AUUCUUCAAGCAAGCUUCUAGGAGCGGAUUCUAAUCCGACCACUCUUUAGUUCUUCAAACAUGUCUACCAUUGUAUGCGGUAAGAGAUCGUCCUUCUUCGAGGAACUCUCAUCUACGCCUGUCUCCAAGAGAAUUCGCCUUUCUCCUUUGUCUCAUACAGGGGCGGAGCCAGGAUUUGAAAGUGCGCUAAAAGAAUGUAAUGAUGAUCUUGACUUGGCUAUUAAAAGUUUGAAUGAUCUUAUGGACCUACCUCGAGGAAAAAUCGAAGUUAAAACACAAUUACAAGAUUCAGGUAAUCAUGUGUCUUCUAGUAAGGAUCCGGUUAUCAUGAAUGGUACAGAUUGGGUUGAUCAUUUUGUAAGGGAAAUGAUGAACGCAUCCAAUAUGGAUGCUGCUAGGAUUCGUGCCUCUCAAGCUCUCGAGUUAUUUGAAAAAUGUGUUAUUUCUCGCACAACUAACCAGGCAGCCCAAACAUUUCAACAAGAAAAUAACUUGUUGAAGGAACAACUUGAAGCAAUUAUUUAUGAGAAUAGAAUACUUAAACGAGCAGUAAAUCUACAACAUAAAAAACAUCAAGAACAUGAAGAUAGUAGUCAAGAGAUGCACCAUCUAAAGAAGAUUUUGUCUCAACACCAAGAACAGCUCCGGACUCUCGAGGUGAACAACUACGCUCUCAAAAUGCAACUCGAGCAAGUUCAACCAAAUACCUCUAUUUUAAAUCAUUUCAAUCGAGAUAUCUUCUAG